UGAAAUUGUGAAUCCUAUUUUUCAUCAAUCAUUUGUAUCAGAUAUUCCUAUAAUAAUUGUUGCAACAAAAUAAUAAUUAAUCUCUUCUAGUCCGGGUUAGUAAGUUGGAAGGAAAUAAUUAAAGUAGUGAUAAUUUUUUUUAUAUAUAGUUAUGUAAAAGAAUACAAUUUUGCAGAUUGGAAAAUCAGCAGACCAACCCCCUUAUUUUGCAAGGAUAAGGAUGCGAACAUGCCAAAUUUUCAAUGGUGGUUCUACAGUCACCAAAAAUUUGCUGAUUUCCGAGCCACUUCCGUUUUCUUUUAAUUCUAAUUCGAACCCUGAAUGUAUAUAUAUAGCUAGCUAAAGAAGUUAUUUCCUGUGCAUUUUUUUAGAUGUUACAUUUCUGAAUAUGAAUUUCAAUAUCCAUUCUACUCUUUUAGUCCCCGGAGGACAAGAAUUUCUUUUAAGACCAAUCUAAUUUACAAUGGUGUUUAGGUGAUUGCACUUGAAAUAUAAAGCAGUUACCAAUCCAUAAUAGUAUGACCAAGAUGUUACUUUCAUGUUUUUAUAGAUCGUUCUUAAAUAAAAUAUUUAUUUCGGCCAUUGUAAAUACCUAAAUUUAUUUAAUAUUUCAAGAAUCAUGGAAGAUGAUCCUGAACAUCGGAAAAACAGUUUUCAUGGACAUCCUAAGUUGAAAGAAAUGUAUAACAUGGGCAUAAAGUCAAGUAAAAUUCUUCAAAACUCACUUCUGGUGUAUUUACAAUUAAUAGAAAUUCAAAAUUGGUUUGAUGUGGAGUUAGUACCUGCUAUUGAAAAUCAAGUUGUGUUUAUAAAAGGAAGAAGAACUUAUAAGGCCAUUAAAAUGGAAUAUGUGUUGUCCAUAGGCUCCAAUGAAUCGUUCACCACAGAACAUCUCAAUUCCUUAAUUGAUGUUGCAUGUCAACUCGGCUGUUCUGAUAAAAGUUUGUUGUUAGCAUUUGUUGAUAGCGGUUCGACAGUGGUUUUUUACCAAAUCACCAAAGGUUUAAUACCUCCUGCAAAACCGUCUCAAAAAGAACUUUUAAAAAUGAGCAAGUUGCCAGAAUGGAAUGAAAGAAAAGGAAAGUGGAAAUAUUAACCUUUUUUAUUUUCCGUGUUUAUUUUCGGAAUAUGUGUUGAUUCGCUUCAAGGAAAUAGUAUAUCCGUCAAUCACAAUUCUUUGAUGUCAAGAUGUGCACUUGAAAAGAUAGGAAUACUUUUGGUACGGAUAAAAAAGUCAUAUGAUUUGGUUAUUUAGAAGAAGCAUUAUGCAAUAUUACAAACGAAUAUGUUUUUGUUAUGUUUUGUGGAAAAGACUUUGUGUAGCGAAAACUUCAAAGUGUCCUUAUAUUUCUGAGCAAACAGUCCGUCUGAAAAAUCUUGAUCCUUAAGAAAACCUAUUUAGUACUAUUUCGAGUGUAAUUUUGGUCAUGGCGAACAGAGUGCGUUUGCUCCAAAAUGUUCACGAGUAUAGAUGACUUGCCAGUACAAAAGUUUACGGCUUUUUGCACAUGCGCACACAGGUAAGAAAGCAGGACUGUAUGGGGUAGAAUAUAUAUUAUUAAAUUUACAGAUUUUCUGGAAGUGCAAAAUUCAAAAGUGCGACAAGUCUAGGGAUUGCAAAGUGAAACAAAAUUGGAUUACAAAGUGCGGUAGGAUUACAAAAGUCUCAAUUUUAGGAGAAGAGGGAGACUUUGUAAACAUUUUUAUUGUAACAUUCAAAGCCUACAAUGUCGCACUUUUAUAUCUCCUCGUUAAUUUAUAUCCUUCGAAAACAACUGAAUUUAUAGCGCUAUGUUUUUUCUAAGUUAUAAGGAUGUUUGCGUUAUAUAUUGAAAGUGGUUUUCUGCAUCUCCUCCUCUGUGCGUUUUUUUAAAACGUUGUUUUCUUUGUUUUAUAUUUGCCAAAAAGUUGUCGUAGGUAAUUACAUGCAUGAUUGGGUUUUAACGAGCCAUUACCAGAAAAGACACGUUCCACUUCAAGCAGAUAGGCAUUGUUUUGUUAGUAACUUGAACGUGCUAAGAAGGGUGGUUUGUGAAAGUUUUGUCGGAAAAUAAUAAGUUAAUUUCUUUGUAAUCUAAAUGAUAAGUAGUUUGUUAUUACAAGCUCGUGAGCUUGUAUUAAAAUGCAAAUGUGUCCCACAGGAAUGGAAUUUUUUGCCUCUUUGAGCACCGAAAUGGAGUAGUCGUGUGUUCGAAUCUCAUCGUGGUAACUAUUUUUACUUUUUUUUUUUUUGCUGUUAUAAAUUUUAUUUUUGAAAAAGAUAAAAUAAGUGUUCAAAACCAUUAUUUAACUAACUGGUUAAUUAAAGGUGUUUCCACCAAAGUUUACAAAAGUGAAUGUAGGCAGAAUUAAGGUCUCCCCAAAUGCCUGGACAGUAGUUUGCGAAAAAAAAAUGUCCAUUACGUAAGAGAGAAACGAAUACGCUCCACCGUACAAAAUUUGGUGAAAUGUAAGCAAAAGGCAAAUUAUAUUGUAAAUAAUGACGAGAACAGAAUUCUUUU